CAUAACAUGCUAAAGUUAGGGGUUGGGGGGAACAACGGCAUUUGAUAAUCGACGGCCAAGCACAGAAUAUCCCCGCUCAUGAGAGGCGGCGAUCGUCGACUCCCUCCAUCCGUACACUAUCCGGCGACGUCUGGACGCAAACGCAAGCCCUCUGCCAUCCCGAAGCAAUGUCAUGAUCACGUAAAAAGGCAAAGAUUGGUUGUCAAAGAAGAAACCGUAACCCUAAUAGCCAACGGAGCUGACGAGCUGCCCACAUCAAACAGAUUCAGUUCAAUUCAAUGUUCACAACGACAGGAGAAGAAGCGGAAGAAGCUAAAAAGAAGACAAAAAUCAGCAACAACAGAGGCUCAUCGCAGAUGGGUUUUCUCUACUCGCGAUUUAUCCGAUUACAAAGAUAAGGUUGUUGUUGUUUCCUACAAUAUACUAGGUGUUGAAAAUGCAUCAAACCAUCCAGAUUUGUACUCUAAAGUCCCAACAAAAUUGUUGGAUUGGAACCGGCGAAGAAAGCUCAUUAAUAAGGAGAUCAAUCAGUAUAAUCCAAGCAUUCUUUGUUUUCAGGAGGUUGACCGUUUCAAUGAUUUAAAUAAUCUUCUGAAAAAAGGGGGUUUUAAAGGAGUUUAUAAGGCUCGCACAGGUGAAGCAUAUGAUGGGUGUGCUAUGUUCUGGAAAGAUGAUCUCUUUACUCUUUUGCAUCAAGAGAACAUAGAGUUUCAAAAUUUUGGUCUCCGUCACAAUGUUGCUCAACUUUGUGUUUUGAAGAUGAAUCGAAAUCAGUCCAAUUCCGAUGUAGAUACUAAAGCAUCACAGAUUCCACCUACUCGAAGUUUAAUUGUUGGAAAUAUACAUGUGCUCUUCAACCCAAAUCGAGGAGACAUCAAGCUAGGUCAGAUGCGGCUGUUUCUCGAGAAGGCUCACAAACUAUCACAAGAAUGGGGCUGCAUCCCUGUUGUACUUGCUGGAGACCUUAACAGCAUGCCACAGAGUGCACUGUAUCAGUUUCUGGCCUCAUCUGAGUUGGACGUCCGGUUACAUGAUCGCAGAAAAAUUUCUGGGCAGGUGGAACAUCAGUCACAACAUAGAGCCUACAGAUAUCAGAAUGAAGAUGCAUCCAGAUCAAGGCCAUUGGUGCAUAGAUGGAGCAAUGAAGAAUUAAGACUUGCCACUGGCAGUGAUGGAGUUACUCAUCUUCAGCACUGUUUAAAGCUAUGUAGUGCAUACUAUGGCAUUCCUGGAAGCUGUAGAACAAGAGAUAAUUAUGGAGAACCCUUAGCAACGUCAUACCACUCCAAGUUUAUGGGAACUGUUGAUUAUAUAUGGCAUACUGAGGAACUUGUUCCUGUGAGAGUUCUUGAAACCUUACCUGUUGAUAUUUUAAGAAAAACAGGAGGGCUCCCAAGUGAGAAAUGGGGCAGCGACCAUCUUGCUCUCGUGUGUGAAUUGGCCUUUGCAGAUGAUGGCAGUAGUUCUUGACCUAGUUCAAGUCCUCUGAUUGGCAUUUAUUGGAAGCUAGUGUACAAAAUGCCAUUUUAUGCGGUUUCUUGGAGCUGGGCUGCUGCUCUUAAGUUUCCAUUGUAAGUUAUAUGGCGCAAGCAAUGUGAUUCACACUACACUAUAAACAUCAAGCAUCUGAAUGCACCCUGAUGCAUGGUAUGAGUUCCUCCUCCUACCACAUCUUAUAUUUAUGGAUAUGAUAACCAUGUGCCCACAGGGCAUCAUUAAUGUGGCA